UGGUUUCUUCGUAUUCCAUUAUUCAUAGGAGUAGAUAAGGGAGAAUAAAUCAGGGGCUUGUCAGUCCACUCAGCAAGCUCCGCAUUCGGUUUCCUUCUUAAUCUCUUCUCGGCUGAACUUCCGCCCUUUUUGAUCCUUCGUUCCUCUCCUCCUGUUCCAUUCCUUCCCACCUGUCAUCUUCAUUCCUUCUCCCCUCCCCUCCCCUCCAAUCUCUCUCCACCACCUUAAUUAUCUCACCAUGGGUGCCAUUGAAAUCCCUCCUUUGGAGUAUACUCCUGUCGAUGAGGUCGCUGACCGCGUCUCUCGCUGCCGCAAGACUUUCCAUGAGCACACCACUCGCGAUGUGGAGUACCGGCUGGUCCAGCUCCGCAAGCUUUACUGGGCCAUCAAGGAUCGUGUCGACGAGAUCCAUGAGGCUCUGCGACUGGAUCUGAACCGGCCUCUCUUUGAGGCCGUCAUGGCCGAGAGUACCUGGCUGCUUAACGACAUUGUCUUCGUUUGCCGGAAUCUCCCCAAAUGGGUCAAGGAUGAGAAGGCCGAGGACAUCGAGCUCACCUACAAGUUUACCAGUCCCAAGAUCCGCAAGGAUCCCUUGGGUUGCGUCUUGGUUAUUGGUGCUUUCAACUACCCUUUUCAGUUGACACUGGGUCCAGUUAUUGGCGCUAUCGCGGCGGGUAACACCGUUGUCAUCAAGCCUAGUGAAAAGUCCUCCAACUGUGCGGUGGUCAUCCAGCAGAUUGUCGAGGCUGCUCUCGACCCCUCCGCCUACACUGUCGUUCAGGGUGCUAUCCCCGAGACUCAGGCCCUGUUGGCCGAACGCUGGGACAAGAUCUUCUUCACCGGCAGUGCUAAUGUCGGUCGCAUCAUCGCCAAGGCGGCGGCUCCUAACCUCACCCCCAUUGUCCUGGAGCUGGGUGGCAUCAACCCGGCUAUCAUCUCCAAGAAUGCCGACGCCCGACUGGUCGCGCGCAGAUUGUUCUGGCCCAAGCUGAUGAACGCCGGUCAGCUCUGCACGUCGCAGAACUAUCUGUUGGUCGAGAGGCCACUUGUUGAUGCUGUUGUUGAGGAGUUCAAGAAGACCUACAAGGAGUUCUACCCCCAGGGCGCCAAGGGCUCUGCGGACUUCUCCCAUAUCAUUGACGAUGCCUCUUUCCACCGGAUCAAGGGCAUGAUCGACAACACCAAGGGCAAGAUUGUCAUGGGUGGCAGCAUGGAUGAAAAGGAGCGCUUCAUUGAACCUACUGUUGUGGUGGUUGACUCGCCUGAAGACUCCAUGAUCACACAGGAGAGCUUUGGUCCUCUCAUCCCUAUCCUGCCUGUUGACAGCAUUGAGCAGGCUGUCCAGAUCGCCAACGGCGUCCAGUCCACGCCUCUGGGUCUCUACCCGUUCGGCUCCAAGGCUGAAGUUGAGAAGAUCCUGUCACAGACCCGCUCCGGCGGUGUUGCCGUCAACGACGCCGCCCUGCACAUCCCCACCCUCCCCUUCGGCGGUGUUGGCGAGAGCGGUCAGGGUGCUUACCGGGGUAAAGCCAGUUUCGAUGUCUUUGUGCACCGUCGCACAAUCACUACUAGCCCUAGCUGGAUCGAGAGCUUCCUCGCUAUCCGCUACCCGCCCUACAAUGGCAAGGAGGAGCUCUUCAAGAAGGCUGCUACUUUGAUUCCCGACUUUGACCGCGACUGCAAGAAGGUCCAGCUGAGCUGGCUCAGAUACAUCUUGACUCUUGGUGGCGGCAGUGCCAAGUCUGGUGCUGCUCGUGCUACUGUUGUUGCUGCUGUGGCUUAUAUCGCACGUCAAGUGCUCGAGCGCCGAUUGGCGAAGCUCUAAUUUGCGCCAGCAUAUCUUUACCUGAUUCGGUCUUCUUUUUGGAGUUAGUCUUUCUUCUGGAUGACUGUAUGACCGUGCGCCAUUCGUUAAUCAUUUCCUUUUCUUUUUCCUUAUGGUCUGUUCUUUGAUCCCCGAUUGGGACGUGGGUUUCAUCACAUAUAAGAUGAUCUAACUAGCUGAAAGUAUGCGAACAUGACGAGGUAGGGUGGACAGGCAUGUACAUAUUAGUGAAGUUAUGUAACCAAAGUAAGUGGUUUAUGUCG